AUGCAGACCGCAGGCCUGGCUCCACUGCUGGCUGCUCCCUGGUGUGAUCAGUCAGUCCUAUGGGAUGAGUUUGUCCUUCCGACCAGGCAGCAAGCCCAUCUCUGCUGCUGCACACAGACCUCUGUGGUGAGGAAUGGACCGAGCCACUGUCUCCAUCCAAUUUCAUGCACAGUUAGCUUGGGAGCUCCUGCACCAUUUGGCCUUCUUGACCAUGACACCGGUGUCACGCUUAUUGAUGUGCUGGUUUCUCUGUGUCACCCACAGCCCUUCAUUCCCAGGAAAGCAAGGAAUGACCGAGUGCUCCCCCUGCGUUGGGUGCAGGAGCAGAGCCCAUCCCUGGAGCCAGGGCUGGGGACUAUUGGGAUGAGCAGUGUUGCUGCUUCCCCAGGGAGCAAUGCCCAAUCCCUGGGCUACACCACAGUGCUGAGCUGCCUGCAGGGACCAUCCAGGUUUUCCCACAAAACCUGUGCCCGAUCCCUACCCUUGGAAGAUGCUGUGACCGAGGAGGCCACAGGGGAAGAAGGAGCUGAUGGUGGGAAGAGGUUCUCCUCACCAGGCAGCCCAUGUCCCUCGAGGAUGCAGUGUCAUUCUAUUGCCCUUUGGUCCUGGUUUGGGAUGCUCCUCACUAACUUCCAUGGCUGGAAUUGGCAAGCCCAUCUAUUAUUGCUGCAAACAGCUUUCAAACAAGAGAGUGACGGCUCGCUGUAUAACCUUGGGUUAAAUCAUCAUUACACUGACAGCUUGGGAGACCUAAUAUUUGAGUUUGCCUUUGUAGCUGUUUGCCUAUUUAAUAAAACCCCUGUUUUACAUACAAAUACACCCGUAUGCUCUCAAGCUCAUUGCAUGGAGCAGGAAGGAUCCCAGGGCUUUUCAGUAAGCAUUCGCUUCCUAGUGUAUAUUCCUGAUCCCUGGCGCUGAAUUUGGGAUUGCAGGAAGGCAGGCAGGAGGAGAAGGGCACAGGGAUGCGUGGCUGAGGCUUUACAGCUGAGAUGGGAGUGUGAUGCUCUAAGCCUCUCCUAUGGAAGAUCUAAAGAUGCUCCUUGUGGGUUUCCCCCUGUAAGUUGUCCCUAAAGAGGUCAAAUGGCUCUUCAGGGUGGGGAAAAUGUGCUUGGGACCUGCCUUCAU